UGAACAGAAAAUUUGAAAACAGAGGGAAACCUAAGCUGACAAACAGAACGACGCUCGUUUUAAGCUGGUGGUAAUGGCAGUGGACGCUAAAUCAGUACCUCUAGAAGACCAAGAAGAACGAGAACGACAAGUGCAGCGCCAUGAUGCACCUGCACAUAACCCUUCCGCUCCGCCUGAUGAGUUCUUUGACAUCUCAACAACAGUAGAUCCCAGUUAUGUGAUCUCUCUGAUACGGAAGCUUCUACCGGCUAAUGCAAGUAAUAAUCACAACUCGCAUGGUGAUGUUUUUUAUGCCCAUGUGCUAGGAUUAGAUACUGAUCAUACAGAUAAGACUGCUCCCACUCUGUCUGGAGAUAGACUUCUGCACGUAUCAAAUGAUGGAUCUGAGAGCAUGGAAAUUGCUGAUGAUUUUCAUAAAAUUGCUCCUGAGGAAGGACAAAACAAUGGUUCAUAUGAUGGUGCUGAACAGUCUGGCCAUAGUGUCCCAGUGGGAGAAGAGGCUUGGGAAGAAUAUGGUUGCAUUUUAUGGGAUCUUGCUGCAAGUAAAACUCAUGCAGAACUCAUGGUGCAAAACCUUAUACUUGAAGUGCUUUUAGCGAACCUUAUGGUUUCACAAUCUGUGCGUGCUACGGAAAUCACCCUUGGAAUUAUUGGAAACCUUGCCUGUCACGAAGUUCCCAUGAAACAUUUAGUCUCUACAAUUGGAUUAAUUGGAACAGUUGUGGAUCAGUUAUUUUCAGAGGAUGCUCAGUGUUUAUGUGAAGCCUGCAGGCUGUUAACUGUGGGUCUUCAAAGUAGUGAACGCAUAUCUUGGGCCAAAGAAUUGCAGUCUGAACAUAAUCUGAGCCGUAUUUUAUGGAUUGCAGAAAAUAGCUUAAAUCCACAGCUUAUAGAAAAGAUUGUUGAACUCUUGUUAGCCACCAUUGAAAGUUCAGAGGAAGUUGUGCUCAUUCUCCUUCCACCUUUAAUGAAGCUGGGCUUAGCAAUUUUUCUAGACAGUAGUUUUGUUGAUCAUGGUAAUUUCAUAUGCAACUUAUUGCCUUGUGUGAAGUACCCGGUUCUUGAUGUAAUCCUCCGUUCCAUUGAAGCUCUUUCUGUUAUUGAUGGUCAUUCCCAAGAGAUUUGUUCAAACAAAGAUCUUUUUCGGCUAGUUUGUGACCUGGUCAAACUCCCUGAUAAAGUUGAGGUUACAAAUUCUUGUGUCACGGCUGGAGUUCUAAUUGCAAACAUUCUUUCAGAUGAACCAAAUCUAGCUUCAGAGAUAUCACGGGAUUUGCCUUUCUUACAGGGUCUGCUUGACAUAUUCCCCUUUUCUUCGGAGGAUUUGGAAGCAAGGAGUGCACUCUGGAACAUCAUUGCAAGGUUACUGGUUAGAGUUCAGGAAAAUGAAAUGAGCCAAUCAGCUCUCCAGCAGUAUGUUUCAGUUCUAGUUAGCAAAUCUGAUGUGAUUGAAGAUGAUCUUCUGGACUCCCAAUUAGAUGAAUUAAACUCAAAAGCCAGAACUACAUCUCUUAGAAGGAUCAUCAGUCUUUUAAAUCAGUGGACUGCUUCAAAGGAUGAUGACAAAGAGAAUGAAAUGAUGGGCAAAAUGAUGGGCAACCGACAUGUGGAUGAUAUAAACAUUGAUAGAUUGUUGGAUUGCUGUUGUAAGCAUUCUGAGUAUGUACCGCCUGCAGUUUCUCAGGACAUGGACUUCAAAGAAUAGACUAAAGUCACAGCAACAAAGGUUUGUUACAAAAUAUCACUAGGAGGAACACAAUUUCUUUGGAUCUCCAAUAGGAAAAGGAACAUAAAGUUGUGAGAACAUCAUUGCUGAAGACCGAAACUGCACCUCAAACAUCGCCAAGGCAAGGCUGGAACAGACAGUGGGGCUGUCAACCUACCCGGCCACCUUAUCAUACGAAGUACUCAGAAACUAAGCACAGGGAUCAAAUAUGAUCAGUUCAAAGCUACUACAGGGCCUGUAUGAGCUAUGUAACUAUCAACCCCGAUCUUGUGCAUGUGACAUUUUGUCAAACAAAGAGUUCAAAAUGUGAAGGGUCUUCUCCUUGUUUAGG